AUGAGAAGUAGUUCGUUGAGGAUUUCCGCGAAAAUGAGGAUAAACGAAAUAGCGUACCUAAUUUUACUACUAGUUUUGGGCACAUGCGAAUCCACACGUCCCAAUAAGUUUCAGACUAGGGCGACAACGUUGAUUGAACGCCUUCCAACUCGCAUCGUUCCUAUAAAAUACGAUAUAACUUUAAAUCCAGAUAUUAAAAAUAGAAGUUUUGUUGGAACCGUACGAAUUGAUGUUCAUGUUAAAGAAACAACUAAAAUCGUAACUUUACACGCUUAUUAUUUAGAAGGGUUCGAUACAAAGACUGUAAAGCUUGCAAAAGUUCCUGAUGGAAAAGUGAUAAAUAUCGAAAAAAUUGAUCUACAGCCUGGCCCUCAAUUUCUAGCAAUAACUUGUAAAGAGGAUCUAAUUGCCGGAGAAAAAUACAUACUGGAACUUUUAAAUUUUACUGGCAUAUUAUCCACGACAGAAAAAAGAGGCUUUUACUUUGGACAAUACAAAGAUAAAUUCAACAAGACACACGAGUUUGCUACGACACAAUUUCAAAGCUUUGGAGCCCGAAGAGCGUUUCCAUGCUUCGAUGAACCCUACUUCAAGGCUUACUUUACAGUUCAUUUGGUUAGACCGAAGGACUACAUUUCAUUGUCGAACGAAGAACUGAUGUCCACAAAGCCAUACGAUCAAACCGACAAAUAUAUAGACUCCUACCGUAUCACGAAAAGAAUGUCUAGCUAUCUGCUUGCAUUUGUCGUGAGCGACUAUAUCCCUACAGAAACACGGGAAAAGCAACGUGUAUUUGCCGACAAAGACUCAAUCGAAAACGGCGAAGGCGAAUACUCGCUUAACUUGGGAAUUCAAGUCCUCAAGAAACUCGAAGAAUUUACUGGAAUUAACUACGCAUUCAGUAAAUUGGACCAAAUCGGAAUUCGAGACGCGGAUUUUUGGGCGAGCGGGAUGGAGAAUUGGGGUUUGGUCAUCUACUGGAAAAGCUUAUUGGUUUACCCUCUCAAAGAACAGACGACGUUCGGACGUGAGAUGACUAUGAUUUAUAUUGCGCACGAGUACGCGCACCAGUGGUUCGGUAAUUUAGUUACUUGUGAGUGGUGGAACUACACGUGGUUAAAUGAGGGAUUUGCCACUUACUUCGAAAUCAUUCUUCCAAAGAUGUUAAAUUGGGAUAUGGAAGGUUUGUAUAUACUGGAUGUAAUUCAAAUGGCUAUGGUGUUUGAUGGUAAGAAAGAUACAGUAGCAAUGAACACUGAACGUGCUCAUGGAAUAAUUAUUUAUCAAAAAGCUGGUUCUGUUAUAAGAAUGUUAAGUCACGUUGUAACAGAAGACGUAUUCCGUGUUGCAUUAAAGAACUACCUGAAGAAAUACUCAUACGAAGCUGUAGUGCCCUCAAACCUGUAUGAUUCAUUCCAAAAAGUUUUGGAAGAAAAAAAUUUAACCCAAUUAAUGAACAACGUCGAUGUUAAGACCGUGAUGACCUCUUGGGAUUCACAAGCCGGUUAUCCCCUCCUGACCGUCACCAGAAACUACGAAACAGGCGAAAUCAGCCUGUUUCAAAAACGUUUCUUUGCUGAAGAACCAAUUGCCAGUGAUGCAUCCAAAUGGUAUAUCCCGAUUAAUUAUGUCACAGAAGGAGGUUUGAACGAUGACAGCUAUGCGAACACUACUGCUACAAUUUGGCUGAAAGAAGAUACCGGAAAGCUCGCUAACAUGCCGAAGGAGGGGUGGAUACUAUUUAAUAAGCAACAGACCGGUUAUUACAGAAUCAUGUAUGACGAAAAAAACUGGAAUCUUUUAAAACAACAGCUGAAUGAAAAAGAUCACACCAAAAUUCACAUUUAUAAUAAGGCCCAACUCAUCGACGACACCUUCACCUUCGCGAGCAAUGGCCAAAUGGAGUACGGUGACGCAUUUGAGCUAACGAAAUUUUUACGAAACGAAACGCAGUACGUGCCCAUUGCCACAUUUUUGAAACACGCAAGAAUGCUGGAGGAAAGGUUAGCCAAUCCGACGGCACGGGCGAACUUAAAGACAUACAUGAAUCACAUUUUGAGUGGAGCUGCAAUUGAGAGCGUUGGUAUGACAGAGCAGAACGACGAGGCAAUAACAAGAGCAGAUCUGAGAGUAACUUUAAUGCAGUGGUUGUGCAAAAUGAGGAAUGAACGGUGUAAAACUUACGCAAUGGAAACCUUUAACUCCAACACGUCGUCGAUUCCACCAAACUUACAAAGUAUUGUGUACUGUGGGGCGGCACGCUUCGGUACAACUACUGAGUGGGACAAGCUUCUUGAAAAGUUUAAUUCAGCUACACAUGAGCUACCGCGAAAUAGGUUAUUAGCGGGUCUUGCGUGUACGGAGGAUAAGGAUAAGUUGAACACAUUCUUUGACAUCUCACUAACCCAUGAAAACGUUGAUCCACUUACUGCCCUUAGCGCUGUUAUUAACGCUGGCGAUUUUGGAGUAGAUUCCACUUUUAAAUACAUUACAACCAACUUUGACAAAAUAAAGAAACUUUCUUCUAUUGAGGAUAUUCUGAAAGCAGUGGCCACAAGAUUGUACACUACUGAACACGUAAAUGCGUUAGCGAAACUGGCAGCUGAUCACCAAGACGUGAAAGACACGAUUAACAUUGCGAAGGAAGUCAUUCAGGCAAAUGUCAAUUGGAAUGCGAAGUAUGGGGGUGUCGUCUAUGAAUGGCUUCAAUCCCACGUCGAUAGUUUGGGGAAGUAAAGGCAAAGACAACGGCGAAUCUUCUUCUUGGAACUGGGCUCUACCAUCAUCUCAUAUACAAUAUGAGCAUUAAAUUUAAGAAAAAUGAAAUAAGUAGACAAGUACCAAUAACUGACACUUUUAACAUGAAUUUUUUUAUUACCUAUGUAGAAUUUGGAAAUCAGAAUAAAAUAUGAUCCUAUAA